CAUUUCAACCACAAAAAAAUCGAGCACCACUAAUUGAAGCGGCUGCUUGGGGUCAUUGUGAAAUUGUCCUAGUGAUGCUCAGGAACAACUUCAAUGUAAAUGAAAGUUGUGAAAAUGGGGAAACGGCGCUCAUGGUUGCCAGCGCGGGCGGUUAUGUUGAUGUGGUGAAUGCACUGCUAAGCCAUGGCGCCAACAUUAAGGAGCACAAUGUGAUUGGACAUACACCGCUGAUGAAGGCCGCAUGUGCCGGCCAUGUGGAAGUAGCCAAGGUACUUCUCGAGCGUGGAGCCGAAAUCAACACCCGUUCCAAUGAGUACAACGAGAAUGCAUUGUCAGUGGCUAGCUAUAAGGGUCAUAUUGAUAUGGUGCGUUUCCUACUGCAAGCUGGCGCCGAUCACUUGAACUUCGCUCUUUCAGCAGCUUCAACAGGUGGCCAAGUGGAAGUAGCGCAAUUAUUACUAGACUCCGGAGCGCAAGUCAAUAGUUCCACUUACCCACUGCCAUCGCCGCUCGAAUGUUCCAUUAACAAUAGUAACGUUGAGGUUACCACUUUGCUCAUACAGGCCGGCGGCAACAUUAAUGGGGCCAUUACAAAUGGCAACACGUAUCUCAUGAUGGCAGCUGGCAAGGGGGACGUGAGAAUGGUGAACUUACUAUUGGAGAGCGAUGCGGAUGUGGAUGCAAAGAUGGAAAAUGGAGACACGGCGCUGAUGAUUGCCUGUCAAAAAGGACAUACCGUUGCGGCUAGUGUGCUCCUCUCAUAUGGCGCUAAUCUGGAGCACAAGACGAAGGACAACCGUACGCCACUUAUGGAGGCUAGUCGUGCCGGCCACUUGACGACCGUGAACUUACUUAUCGAGAAGGGCGCACGCAAGUAAACUUGGCUUCGCUUGCUGUCCAUUUUGGUUGCUCACUCGCACUUUUUUUAUUAUAUGUACUUAUA